AUGAAGUGGCUGCUGACUGCUACCCUUUCCCUCGCCAGCUUCGACCCUUUUACCAGCACCAACAGUUUAGCAGCCUCCAUUCCCCUUUGGUGGUCUGGAAACAGGCAGGCCGCCUUCGGAGGCUGGAACACAAUUAGAUCGUCGCGUUCGCGAGCCGCAAUUCAGCGCGGCGGCUAUUAUUUCAACGGCUUCAGAAAACCCCCAACAGACAACUCUCACUGCGCCGAUUUGUAUUAUCAGCGGCUAGCAUGGAAAUAUAGAUACGACGAACUGACAUCAAAUUCCGAACUGACAUCAAAUUCCGAACUGACAUCAACUUCAUUGACAUCAGAUUCACCGGAGACUGAACUAGAAGGCGCGAAAUCACCUGCUGAGGAGGUGCGGUUUUCGCUGAUUGAUGGUCGAGAGGAGUUGGAGAAGCUUUCUGAGCAAAGUCUGGAGUGUUUGCUGUUUCUCGGGUACACCCCUAGUCACAUCCCGCUGGGUCCACUGUACGGGCACGUGGAGUCGUGGUUAGGCAUUCCGGUGUUCAUGGAUACAGCGAAUUUAAUGUGGAAUGGGGCGAUGAUUACAGAAACUCGAUGCGAUGGUGCGAAUGCUACCGCUGUGCUCGGUUUAAGUCAACUCGGUACGGGUGUCGGGAUGCCCUUCCUUAACUACAUUGCUGUGAACCCCGCGGAUGAGGCGAUAGGCUUCUAUCCCCAGGAAAUUAUUGACACUCGCAAGUGGUGGUGGAUGGACUUUGCGGCCGACUUUGAAAAGCAAUGCCCAAACAAAGUACCCCGCUUCUACGACGCCGUUGUAGUUGAAAGCGUGUACCCUGCAACGAAGAACUUGGUGUGGGCGAAAUUUCUCAAGACUGAGGCCACGUCCAACUCCGCAUCUGAUCCGGCACCCAAUCAAACAAAAUACCCCUCCACCAAAUCUCCAUGGUGGUGGCUGCCGUCAUUAACGGGUCUCAAGGGUUCCAAAAAGCCCGUUUUCGGGCCAUUAUUUCCUCCCCAAGUGUACACGUCGGGAGCACUGGGCAAUUCCAUUCCGAUACGUGACCGCCUUACUCAGGUCCGUUGGGUUGGUUACGACAAGGAAGUGGGGGUCGAUCUCUAUUUGGGACGGGUCCUGGCACUGUUCCCUGAGGGUCUAAGAACCACUAUGUUUGUUUCUUUCGCCACAUUCGAUACUGAGGUUUCAAAAGUGGAGGUGCCGAUCUUAGCUAGCUAG